ACAUUCAUACCGAGAAGCCAUAAACUGUCACGUGUAUGUCUCUUACAAAGAAUGUUAUGCAAUACUGAGCAUAGCGUAGAUAAAGUAUAUCAGACUGAUCAGAGGGGUUUUAAAUCUAGAUACACACCAGUAAUAUUUGCCAGGAGGCCGUUUAUCAAGUUCAGUUUUUUCCUAGGAUGAUUGAUUUGACGUUGGAAGUCUACACAAGAUAUGCAGAAUAUCGGAGAAUUAGUUAUACUUAUUCUACUGUCAGUCUGUAUACAGGAGACCAGGUGUCUUGAUCGUUCUUGUCGAUGGUCAAACAGAACAAUUCAGUACGUUAGUGACUGUCCAAUAACGAAAGAGGAUGUGGACAUGGCUGCCAAUAUCAAGGGUUGUGAAGCCCUGGCUAGGAAGCAGAACUGUACCGAUCCUUCACGUUUCAAAUACCAUUGUGUUAUCAAUGACCAGGGAAAUUCUCUUGUAGAGGUUUGCGCUCCAGUGUACUAUAUUCAUGGCUUCUGCACGGAAUUUAAUGUUCAGGGCUUAGUGAUCCAGCCGCAUUUCGGAAUACCAUGCAAUAAUAUCACGCCAUGUGCAGAUCGCUACAUAUCAACAUCUGCAUAUCUUUAUCCUAAAUGCUAUGAUGCGAUCAAGAAGCGAACUACUUUGUCACUGACGAAUGAGACAACGACAUCUAUUUAUAAUACAACUGAUCAUGUUACAGCAGAUGAAACUGAAGACCCCAUAUUGUACUUGCUGAUUCCCAUUGUCAUUGUUCUGUUAGUUGUAAUCUCAGUGUUGUUUGGAUGGCUGUAUCGAAGGAGACAAGCACGGAAAUUACAAACAAAUGUGACCCAACAUGGUAGCACUGCUGAAGGAGAAUCCACAAACCUACUACAAGAAAAGGUGAAGAAUAACAAAGAAAAAAUCCGAGAAGUUGAAAUUCAUCACGAAAGGAGAAUUUCUGAAGAAUCCCUAACAGAUAAGAGCGUUGCUGUUGCACCAGGCCAGACUCUAAAACAGAUGAUUCAAGGAACAAAGGAAGAAAGACAUGAUCUUGCAAAGGAAAACGAAGAUAUUACGAGGACCUAUAUCGAUUCUUUUCGCUCGUUUGAGACAUAUUUUGUGGAAACCGAGGUAUUCAAAGAAUGCAAAACCAAGCUUCAAAAAGAGGGCGUGGUUGUCUUGGUUGGACCACCGGGCUGUGGUAAAACCACAACUGCUAUUGGUAUUAUGAAGGAUGCAUUUUACGAAGAUUGGAUAAAAAGAAAAAUAACUUCUUGGAUCGAUUUCGGAUUCAUAGAUUCGGAGAGGAACUCACUUAUCUAUAUUGACAAUAUAUUUGAUGGGUUUAUGUAUCAACAUGAACUAGAAAAAUGGUGGAAUAUGUUAACUACUACAUUUUAUCAGAACAUAUCACAUGAUGAGAACCAUGGAAAAGAUGACAAUGGUUUCGUCUCAAACACAGGAGGAAGAAUUCAUCUUUUAAUAACGACGAAAGAGAGCGUUUUACCUAGAGCGCGUGAAUACAACAUAAUUAGGAAAUCACCCGUGUUUAAAAAAGAUUGUAUUAUUUUUACUGGUUCUUUCCCCCUAACCGAUGCAGAAAAAGACAGUAUAUUUGAUAAACAAACGGACUAUGCAGAGAAAAUAUUGGAUAUCCCAAAACCAUUGAUAGAUCCAGACUUUAGACGUGGGAUGAAGUCAUCAGUAUGCCAUGUUGGUUUUCCAUUGUGUGCACAUCUUUACGCUUGUGAAAUAGGAUACAGAGAAAAUGGUGUUGACUUUUUUCUGUAUCCCAUCAAUUAUUUGCGAAAACAAAUCAAAUACGAAAUAGAUACUGACACCACACAUGGCGUGAAGAUGUUCUUACUACUGCUUUUCCUUCGCAAAUGUUUGUCACCCUCCGAAGAAUGUGAGGAACGCCUAGAUUUCAGAAAUUUCAAAAAAUGUAGGGAGUUUCUUAUAAAGAAUCUUUCAGAGGAAUUGGUAGAACAAAUUGAACAUUCAUUUUCAGGAGAUCUAGAAAAGGCUGCCAAUACAUUGAAUGUAAUGAUCGUUCGACAAAAUGAGAGUGUUUAUAGAUUCAAACAUCAAAUCAUUUGUGAUGCAGUUGGUUUCUACUUCUGCACAGAAUGGCCUGAAGCUGUUUUUAAACAUUUUCCUAUUGAUGCCUUCGCGAAACAUGAAUUUGUUAAUCCUACACCAGACAUUUGUGAUAGUUUUCUUUCCCGGGUUUUUGAUGAGGUUAACAAUAGAAAUGUUUCGAAAGCUUUAGCUUGUGUCGCAUUGAAAAAAGAUACAUUUGCACGGCGUUUUUGUGAGAUUCUACAAUCAAAAAAAGAUGUAAAACAAUUUUUCGUUGCAACUGAUGUUGUCUCGAGUUAUUCUCUUCCACCAGUAUUUUGGAUUAGCAAAUACAAGCACAUGAGGUUGUCAAUAUUACUUGAUGAAUUAAUCAAGGAAAAAGGGAUUCCAGUGGAACAUAAUUUUUACUUAGCUCGAUUUGGGGAAUGUUGUGCAAAUGGCGAAAAUUUUCUCAGAAAAACUGACAAAAAUGCGUUUUUUUCCACGACCGCACUACAAGAAGCAGUUUUGCAAUACACUGAUGACAAUGAAAUUUCUAUAUUGCAUUUGAUAAUGAUGUCUGAGAGACAUGAUCAUAAUGCAUUCAUGAUUACUAAAAAACUAAUUGCAGAUUUCAAAUCACCAGAAAUAUGUAAACAAAUCGCCAGGGAUCCCUGUGGACAAACAGUAGUCAAUUGUGCUGCGAGCGAAAAGCGAUACAGUAGAAUUUUGUGUAUCUUAGAGCUAUAUGAAGGUAGAAAAGAUCCCGAACACAAGCUUGGAUCUAUAGAGUAUUCUCCAAUUCACAAAGCACUAGAGGUUGUGCUGAAAUGCUCUUACAGUAUACAUUUAGAGUUGGAAAUGUUAAUUCGCCUGUGUCUUUUCAUAAUUUAUAGAGUAGAUCCGAAAAGAAAAGCGUACAAUGGCGAAACACUCAGAGAUGUGUGCAGAAACACAUAUUGGAAGAAUAUUCAUAGUUUACUUUGUAUGAAGAGUCCAAGUCAAGACAGAAUGUCAAAGCUUAUUGAAAAAUUGUUGACAGAGAUUGAUAUGCCGCAUGGAAAUGCAUUAGAUGCAACAAUAACUGUACCCAACCCCGGUACACAAUUAUCAAAGCCGUUGAUGAAAGUGAUAACAAAAUAUGUGUAUCAUUUCGCAAAACGAGAGCUACCAGCCUAAUUGAUGUUGCCUGACAUUACUAUCAGUGUAUUUCACAAGUUAAGUAAAGUACAUCUGCAACAUUUUUGUACUCACAAUUUCUUAUCUUGAUGUACAUUUAACGUAAAAUGCUUUGGCACCACUGGUGUUUCAAGGAGACCAGGUUUGCCCUGCCCUCAUAUUGGUAUUCUGUAUAGGAUUUAAAAUUGAUUACUGUUCGUUAUAUUCACUUUUUAUUUGUUAUGACAUUGUAACGAGAAAAGAAGAAGUUGUACUACACGAUAACGAUCACGGCAAUCUCGUGUAUGAAAUCCUUUAAAGAAUAUAAAAUUAAGAGAAGGGCGAAACAUAGACCCGCGGACAUACCAGGGGUGGAAUAUCAUAUUUAGCUAUACGUCUCAUGAACAGGAGAACAAACAGAAUCAUGUACGGUUCAAUUGAGAGGGCAUCCUGCAAGUAUGGAAGUAGAGACAUCCCUCUUGGAGAAAUCGAUUGAUUAGCAUUUCAAAUACACGUGCUCACAAGUUAGAUUUGAAACUGUUUUCGGCUCGAACUUUGGAUGGAUUUGUUAUCGUGUAUUCAAUUUCGUUUACACUUUAGAUCUUCUAUAUGUACAUGUAACCGGCGCAUUUACCAUUAUAGACAUUUGAUCGCCUACACUUUACAUGAUCAUUAUGAGACCUAGGAAUCAAUGCUUAUAUAAAACUUGUAAAUGGAUUGUAUCAACAGGAAACUACACAUAACGAGAUUCUGGACUCGGAUGAGAAAGUAAGGAAUAAUGGACUGGAUAUCAAAUAAAUGACAAUGGUAUUACGUAGAAGUGAUUUUAAGCCAAUUCUAAGAGGAGUGAGUAGCACUGAUACUGUCAGAUGUUCAUGCAAAGGAAAAUACAUCAAUCCUUUCAACUUAUCCCGCAGUGUUGUCGGGUCUAAUCAGGACAUUCACGUUUUCCCUGUGAUAUGAGCUAGGUGACAUGUUAGCUAGUUUCGUUACAUCAUUUAGAGUAUGUUGGAAUGUAAUACUGAGUCAGUCAGAUAAUGCUCAGACACAGUGGUUUAUUAUUUGAUAAUUAAUCCAAUAUAUUGUAAUGUACAUACAUGUAAUUUUAUGCAUAUUGUAUAAUAUAUCUUUUUAA